CAUAGACGUAUCAAAAGAGACCUGAUUGUUUACAUUUGAAAGUGAGGCCAACAUUCACUAGUCCACUAUUUGUACUGGCCGACUGUAAUCUGGUCUAUUUCGCUGGGGGAAAGCACUGUUGCCAGAUUUAUCAUUUGGGCUGAUGUUUCGGUUCAAAACUUCGUCCGCAGUUCAUGUCUAUGCGUUCUUAAACUUACUCCGAGUAAACUAUGAUUACUCAAAAGCAUUCACAAACGUACUAUUCCUUCCUCCGAGUAUGCUCUUCGAGUAUCACGGCUUAUUCGGAGUAAAUUUAAGAACGCAACCCUUGAAUGAUUCGGCGUCUGGGGAAGUGCGGCAACACUGUUCUUAUUUUAUAUAGGCAAAUUGUCAAGAUGGCAGGUUUCUUUCACGUGGUCUGUCACAUUUGUUGCAUUGUUGUCAGCACGAGUCCUGAGAUAUUCAAGGAGAUUUAAGGAAAUAAAUUUGUGUGCUUUAAUAUUUAUUUCGUGAUUUGAGCGUUUUAGGCUGAAUUUAGUUGAAUAUAUAUUUAAAUAUGAUUCGUCAGUGUGAAAUUUGUAAGAAAAGUAAGAUUUCCCAUCCGGAUUUAUCUUUUCAUAAAUUUCCAUCUGAUACCGAAAAGAGAGGAAUUUGGGCUUCGCUCCUUGGAUUUGAAAGCGUUAAUUUCACUAAGAAGUUGGUAUUUAUUUGUUCGAACCAUUUCAAUCCAGACGAUAUUGAAAUAAGGCCAAAUGGAAAAUUCCUCAAGCCAGAUGUUGUCCCAUUACCUUAUCAUACAACAUAUUCGAGAUUUCAAAUGAAAGUUCAGACACAGUAUCCGAACAAGAAGAUAGUCGUAUCAGCCCAACUACAGAGACAAUGUUGUUUGGAGUGGCAAGUAACCAGUUUGAUGUUGAAGCUCUGUCUAAAAGCUCAUCAUCAUCUUCAGCAACUCAUACUGCUUCAUCUUCAGUUACUCUUACAGCCUCAGAGUGUGAAAACGAACUUUCUAAGACAAUUUUUGUUGAACCAUCAUCCCAAAAUGUUCCAAGAAAAAAAAGAAAGAGGAGCUAUUUUGGCGAUUUGUCAAGCAGUGAUUUCUUGACACCAGAGAAGUGACUCAGAUACUUUACCAGAACCAAUAAAAGUAUUAGAUUUUAUGUAAGUCUGCAUUAAUGGUUCAUGGAAAAUGCCUGUUGGAUACUUCUUAUUGAAUGGAUUAUCUGCAGUGGAAAAAUUAAAAUUAUUGAAAAAAAUGCCUUGAAUUCAUCAAUGAGAGUGGAAUCACAGUUACAUCAAUUACAUUCGAUGGCACUGUAACAAAUUUUUCAAUGGCAGAGAAGUUGGGCGCAGAUUACACUAAUCAUUCUGAUCUGAAAACUAGCUUCAUAGAUCCCAUCACAAAAAAUGAGAUUUUCGUUUUUUAGAUACCUGUCAUAUGAUCAAACUUGUUCGGAAUUGUUUUGCUUUACAAAUUUGUCUGGAGGAUGGCAGUCAGUGAAAGAUCCAGUGUAAUUUUGUGGAGAGAUUAGUAGACGUCCUCAAUAGAGAGCCUAUAUUUUUGAAUUUGGUGACUUGGUAUAUGUUGAAAAUAGUAACAAAAUCAAUAGGAAAACAUUAGAAGAACUCAGAAUCGGUCCUGUCCGGAUUUUAAAGAAAAUUUCUUAUUCAAUUUUUGAAAUAGAAUAUGGUCACAAAAAAAAAGAAUCAAAAAUUUUUUAUAUAUUAAGUAAGUUGGGUACAUAUGUUCCAUUAUGAUGCAUUGAUUAUUCAAAUAUCAUUUCAAAAGUAUUGUAAGAAGUUUUUAGUUUGUUCAUUUUUGAUUGGCUAUCUAUUCUUGAUUCUGGUUAUAGGUUAGUGUAAUGUUAUGAUUUUGUAUUCAUUGAAUGAAAACUUGUUAUACUGAAACAUUAAUCGAGAAAAGUCAAUAGAACAAAACAAUAUCAGAAUUAUAUGUAGGUAUAUUAUGAUAAAAUUUAACUCUGUUUUAGUUCAAAAUAACAACUAGCUGUGAAUUGUUUUUUUUUGUCAGGUGUUAAGGAAUGAAAUCUUGUCAAAAACUGUAGGCCCCGAUACCAUAAUAUGUAAUUCAUUGUUUCUUGAAAAAUUAAAUCAUUUGUUUGGGAGCUGUAGGUAUCUAGUCAAGCAUCAGCAUACAAUUAAAUAUCUCGAAUAUACUAAAUUCAAUUAAAUAUGCCAUAUCUGUAUCUACCCUUUGUAUUAUUUGUAUUUUAUAAUAAAUUGCUUGAUGACAUCAAAAGAUUAAAUGAACAAAGUUUCGAUAAAAAAGUAAAGGAAUUAUUGCUGCAGAACACAAUAUACAGCCUAAAAGAGUUUUAAAAUGUUUGUGUAUGUAAUUUGUUUUUUAAACCUGAUUGAAUUUUUAUGACAAACCGUGAAAAUUAUUGACAGUGAAUAUUUAUAGUGUACAAUGUGAUGUAGUACAUAUGUAAAUAAAUAUUAUUAUGAAGUUUUGUUACUUCAAGGCUAUGAAUUGUUUUUUUUUUGUUAUGUGUCAAGAAAUUAAAUCUUGUCAAAAACUGUUGGCCCUAAUUCCAUAAUAAUAUGUAAUUGUUCCUCGAAAAAAUAAAUUAUUCGUUUAGAGCAUGUUUAAUUCAAGGAUACCCAUAAAAAUUGAAGUCUGAAGUUGGUAACUUAUACUUACUAAAAUAUUCAAUAAUUCGCAGUUUCCUCAGAAUUUGGGCAAAAUAGGGGAUCCUAUAUUAAAUACCGUAUUCAAAACAUAUUUUAUUUUUAUUACCAAUAAAAUUGGAUAUUAAUUAACAAUUUGAAGAUUAUAUUGUGUACCUGCGGAGUUUGGAACUUAUUUCAAGUUUAUCUUGAGAAAUUGAAGGUUCUACAAAUUGUACAGAGUAUUUAUGUGAAAUCAGGUACAAAAAAGUAAUAGAAAAAAUCAAGAAAUGGCUAUAAAACUCCGUAGGCAGGAAACAUUUUUGACUGUUAAGCAAAUUUCAGGUAUUAUUUGAAUAUUUUAGAAUAACACAGUUCUGUUUGUUCAUUCAUAAUUUAAAAACUAUUUCUGUUGAAUAACUUAUAAAUUUCAGUGGAUUCUAAAUAGUUGAGUCUCCUGCCUUUUGUUCUACAUGUAUAAUUUUCAUGUAGUCAAUUGUGGGGAAAGGGUGAUUAUUAUCUAUGCAAAGGUGGAGAGACACUUA